AUGCACCGCAUCGUGCUGCUAGCGGCGCUGCUCACGAGGGCGGUUGCCGCCCAUGUACAUAUCACAGCCCCACCGGGAACUGAACCCGCGUACCUGGCGCAAAGCACGAUGCCACCCACUGUUUUCCACAACCCGCAGACGAAGCUACGUCGCAUCACAAGCCGAAAGGGGAAGGCAGAGUCCCCGAUGCUCAAUUAUAUCUUCGAUUCCUACGCAACUAGUAACAAACACUUUCAUGACAAAUUCAGAGCACCGUCAUUCGAUGGAGAUCUGACUUCAGACACGCUAAUCAAUGCGGACACUGGCGCUACGGUUUUGUUCGACUGUCGAGUAACGUCGUUGCGAGAUAAGACGGUUUCAUGGAUUAGGGUGUCCGAUGAAGACAACCUGGAAUUGUUAACCGUCGAUUUAGAGACGCAUACAGCGGAUUCAAGGUACAAAGUGGACGUAGCGGGCGAGACGUGGAAGCUAACGCUACUGGAAGCGAAAGUACACGACUCCGGAAUAUACUGCUGUCACGUGUCCACCCAUCCACCCAUGUUGCGACGGUUUCAGCUUAUUGUACAUGCGCCCGAAAUAAAAAUGAACAAAGAAGCUUUCCUGGAGAGCGGCGAGACUCUGUCGCUUAAAUGCGCCAUAUUGCACCUAAGUCCUGGCGAAACGUUGCCCGAGAUCCGCUGGUAUAGAGGAAAUAACACCACGUCACUUGAUGAGAUCAGAGGCGGUGUUCUGAUAGAAACCGACCUUAUGACGCUCACCAGUCACCUACAGGUGGCUCUGCUGAAAGUAGAGGACGCUGGAAACUACACCUGCGCCUUAGAAGUGCCUCUACCAAUGAGGACUGUCGCAAGGGUCCAUGUGUUACAAGGAUCGAGCCUCGCAGAGCUACAAAGCGGCGUUAAAACUACAACCAGCUACGUGAGCCUACUCUUCACGACUCUCAUUUUUCUUAUCGCCACCCAACAUGGAGAAAGGUGA